AUGAUUGUAGACCCAAAGGUUGCCAACCUUAGAUCAGGAGAACAUCCUAACGGUACACCUGGAAGUUGUGGCAGUAAUAGUAGUUGUGGUAGUAGUGGUAGUAGUAGCAGUAGUAGUAGUAACAGUAACAAUAACAAUAAUAGUAUUAUAAGUAGUAAUGGCAAAAGUAGUUGGGUAGUAGGCUCAAUAAAUAACAGUAUAAUCAAUCAUAACAACAAUAACAACAAUAACAAUAAGAUGGCUGUACAUGUUACAUCAACAAAUAAUACAAAUAGAAAGAGAUCGGCUGAUAAUAAUCACAAUCACAACAAUAACAACAAUAACAAUUAUAACAACAAUAGUAUAAACUGUGGACAGAGUAGAGGAAGUAGAGGUAGUCAAUCAAAGUCAUUCGAUAACUACCAUGUGUUGAUCAUACUCUUGGGACAGCUGGAAGCUUUCACUCUUCAAGACAUGAAACAACUUCGUCUUGUAAGCAAGACUUGUGCAAGCAUGCUAGAGCGUCACUUUUGGGAGUCACAGGUACGCACCGCCUACUUCACUCAGACCAACUCCAUCAACUAUAUAAUGCCACCAUCCAACUGGAAGCGCACCUAUCUCACACUGCCUCGUGUGAUGCAUCAGAAGGACUGGUCAUUAUGUCCAGUAUGCUGCCGUCAAUCACUUGGAGUGAUUGCUGACACCAAUCAACUCGCCUGCUCAGACCAGGAUACAUGUGGCUUCCGAGCCAACCUUGGCUUUGCUUGCAACUCAAAUGGCCAUGGACAUGUUAAUGGACAAUGCACCAAAUGUUUGUUCUUGUGUGGCCGAUGCAAGAACAAAGUGCGAGGCGACAAGAUUGGCUGGAAACAGAUGGAGGAACAAGCGUCAUCGCCAGACUACCUUGCCUCUGAGGAAGAGGAGGAAGAGGAAGAAGAUGAUGACGAGAGCAGAGACGACGGUUGCGAGUACUUUGUCGUCUGUGAACGAUGUAUCAAGAGUUGCAGGCGAUACACCAUCUGUCGCAGCUCAGACAGCGACACUAUAUUCUCCAUGGAAGAG